UUGCUGCCUAUAUGACAAGUAUAAAGAUGGUGCGUUCUUCUUGUUUGAGAAGCAUCACGAAGGUGAUAGGAAUAUCACUUCUUCGAUCCGACUUGUCUCCAGGACGUUCCUGCCAUUCUUUACCUUCUCGCAGUAGACCUGCUGAUAGCAUGGCCUCCACUAAUAGAGCGUUUACUCUGAACGCUCUGCACCGUCGACUAUUGAACGACAUUGCUGAGAUACAGCAGAAUCCGUAUCCCAACGUACAUCUACAAGUGGAUGAGCAGGAUUUCCACAAGGCCUGUCUCAUCCUCUCGACUGAAGCGUACGGGCCGUUGCACCUCUUCAUUGAGUUUGGUAACGACUACCCGCUUUACGCUCCCACGGUCACCAUCCAAAGUCACAUCGUUCACCCCAACAUCUAUGGAGAUUACAUAUGUGCCAGUAUCUUGAACACCACCGAGGGCUGGACACCGGCCUACACACUGAAGGGCGUACUUAUCCAGUUGCUGAGCUUCUUCACUAGUGAGUCGCUCGAGCAAGACCAUGGUGGGAAUGCAGUGGAUUUGCAGGAGUUUCGCCGAAAACAGACCGGGCAACGCUACACUCGAUUCGAGAAUUCAUACGAAUUCUUCUGUGACAGUUGUGGAUUCAGUCCUGAUUGGAAGCCCGCCCCUAUCACCAAGGAUACCAAGAAAGUGGUGACGGCGUCACCAGCAACUAUCUCGAAGCUACAUACACUUCCUGUCGAGGUUGUGCUUCUCAUGUUGGAGAAGAUGCCUACGGAAGAUGUCCUUACGCUCGCCGACGCUGUUCCAUCCGUCAAACGCACCGUUCACUCCUACGACUUCAUUCGUGCGCGCGAGCUUCAAUGCUUCUGUCUCAAAAAGUCGUACAUGGAUGCUAAGCUUGGAAUCGGCAUCUCCAUCACCGGUGGUAACAAGCCAGUUUUGAGAUCCGAGUUCGACUUGCUGAGUCAAGAGGCUUUCUUCCAGCAUGAUGUCCGUCGCAGUGUUCAAGGUGUGGAGUUCGACAAGUGGCUGCCGCUGCCGCUCAGCAGACGGCACUGGAAAGGUGUGAAGACGAACGCGGUAGCAUGUCUGCAAAGCAUCCAUAACCACGCUGGAAUUCGCAGCAGCGAACCUGAUGAUAUUGAUGUUCUGUACUACCUGAUGAACAACGUCGUAGUGCAGUUCUCCGCAGACGCUGGGAAGGGGUUCCGACAACCAGACGAGCGCAGCACCCUCAGCCACGCUUCAGAGAAGGCUGUCGAGGCAUACUUCGCCUGCUUCCACUUGUUGCUGUGUCUGGUUAUGGAGAAUACUGCCAUCGUCAAGGCUGCGAACAAGAUGAUCAACCACUUCAUGACUGGCCCGCAUACCAAGAAGCAGUUCCCUGAUCUCGGACACGUACUCGUCGCAGCCCUUGUCUCUGAUAACGGACUCACCCAACCUCUUAUCUUCCAAAUCGUCAAGGAGGCAAUUCUCCGCAACGUUGUGUGGAUGCUCGAUUCGAAAGGCGCUGACAUGGCUGAGCUGGCCUAUCUGGAGCCAUCGGCCAUAUCGGAGUACCGUCUGGUCAAAACCUUCGAAGCAUCAACAACAUCAUAUCGACUUCUCAUGUUCCUCAAAACAUUCAGCUCCUCCGCUCGCCCCGCAGGCAAAUCGCUAACGGAUCUCCGCGAAACACUCUUCGAUAGACACGGUGCGCCGCCGCCAGGCGUCUCUGCGGCAAUGGCUCAGCGGAUUCAUGAGAUCCAUGAGAUCAACGGCUUCCCUGGCUUCCUGAGGGCUAUGGGCAUCGAGGACGUCCCUAGCAAAACUGAAUUUACUGCUUUUCUUCGACGCACUAUCACAGACAGUGUGACGGCUAGAUACUCGGUCAUGCCCUUGUCGCAGUCUAAGCUGUAUAUGAUCCGCAAGGUGCGUGAGCGCGGUGUUGAUGUGGCGGAAGGAGUGGAAAUCACUGAGGCAAUGGUCACGUGGUACAACAGGGGCGAGAAGUGGUACAGGAAUGGGUGGAAUGGAAGACCAACUUUCUUCCCCGAGCGCAAGGCGAGCUCCAAUGGGUCAAGAAGGGGAGACGGGUCGAGAAGAUGUGGAAGAGGAGGCAACGAUGGAAGACGAGGUCGCGGUGAAAUCUGCAGAAUCUGCAACGCUUAUCAUUAGGCUCAUGCAGACGCGAAGAUCCAUCAGAGGUGUUGCUGCAGUUGAUUGAUUGAUUGAUUGAUUGGUUUAACGUCCUAUCUGAGUCUAAGACUAUGGAAGACGAGAGGAGCAGUAGCUCCUCUGGUAAUGCAAAGAUUUAGUUACAUGAGAGUGAGGUCAAUGGAGGUACAAGUGAUAGUGAGGGCUCAGGCCCAGAGCAAAGAUGCUAGAAACAAAAGAAG